AUGAACACCGGCACUCCAUCCCAGUCGUCAGCUGGCUCAUGGUCUGCGCACGCAACAGGAUCACUGACGAAUUCUAAAGUCAAUGAAAAUCGAAGUGAAAAAAUAUUUCAACAACUUGAUAACCUAGAACAGGAUCUAUCCAAAUUGGUCACUUCAAUCAAUAGAUUCCAACCGUCCAAGGAAGCUGCACAUAGACUCGUCUCAGACGUGGAUGAACUUAAUUACACAAUAGAUGAUCUUUUAUACAUUCAUGACAAGCGCCGGAGUCAAGUUUUGAACCAAGAAGUCGAAAACAGACAUUUAAAUAAGAGCAUGAUAAACAUUAUGAUAGGGCUGACUGAAUGCCGUAAAGAACUCAAGAAAUUGCCAAAUCUAACAGAAGAACAACUAGAGAAAGUGUACACAGAGAAGUUGAAAAGAGAGAUGAAUGAUGGUGAUGUCGAUAUGGACGCUCCUAUUAAGCCACUACCCUCAGCCGAAGAGAAUCUAAAAGAUGUGGAAACGUUACUAGAAUAUGCUAUGAAAUUAUCCAAAUUUUCCAAGAUUCCUGCUAGUGUAGACCCAAACACUCUAAACCCCAGAAAUUUCAUUUGGCCUGGCGAAGACUCUAUGCGUAGAGGAAUGUUAGCAUUGGCAUCGAUACACCAUGAACGUUUAAUUGAAACCCUAAAUGAAUCCACAAUUAACCCAGGAGGAGAAUCAACUAUAAACAACGAACAAGAAGUUGCAGAAACUCCUAGUCCUUCUAAAAGCACUAAGGAACAUAAUAACACCACUACAAAGGGGCCCAACCAAGAGACUGAUGCUCAAGCUGCCAUCGAUGGUUUAGAUUUGUUCGACUCAGACGAGGAUUUAUAG